AGUGGAGGCUUAUCCAUCCAUUUUUGAAAAAUACUGGUUAGAGGAGAUGAGCGCCUCAGCAUUAGCUCUGGGCUCUUUCUCCUCCCUAAAGCUUAACAAAACCAUCAAGACAGCAGAAGCAACAACCACAACCAUCUCAGUUAACCAAAACAACCAUAAGAGACUUCCUCCUCCUCCUCCUCCUCCUCCUCCUCAGCUACCACUGCAAGAGAAGGAAAGGUCAGUAGUAUUGGGAAGGAGAGAAGCAAUUGGGUUUGGCUUCUGUUUGGGAAUCAUUGAGGGUUUUGUACAGAAAUCUGAAGCUGCAGAGGCACAAUGUGAACUUACUACCACUCCUUCCGGCCUCGCCUACUGCGAUCAAGUCAUUGGGACAGGUCCUGAGGCUUCCAAAGGUCAGCUUAUUAAGGCACAUUACUUAGGGAAGCUGGAUAAUGGAAAGGUCUUUGAUAGCAGCUACAACCGUGGAAAGCCUCUAACUUUUCGCAUUGGUGUUGGUGAGGUCAUAAAAGGUUGGGACCAGGGGAUUCUAGGUGGUGAUGGAAUCCCACCCAUGCUUGCUGGGGGGAAACGUACCCUUAAGAUUCCUCCAGAACUUGGAUAUGGCAUGAGAGGGGCAGGAUGCAGAGGAGGUUCUUGUAUCAUUCCGCCAGACUCAGUUCUUCUGUUUGAUGUGGAGUUCAUAGGAAAGACAUAAGGACACAUAAUAAUCAUUUUUUUUUUCUUGGGUGGCGUUGAUUGUACACAGCAUGCAAUCAGGUGGAGAAUACAAAUGGAAUCCCAAAAGUUUAUUGCCUAUAUGAAGAAGAUAGAAUUUUCCUCCCAACCAGAUCAAAAACAGGGACAAGAAGAAUUAAAGAUUUUGGUGAGCAUGUAAGAAAAAGCACUUUGGGCAGCAUGGCUUACGCCAUGAAUUUACUUCAUCAUUAAUUAAGAUAACAAACUCUAGGAGUUUUCUUCCAAA